AUGUCAUCAACAAAUUAUUUCAAUGAAAUAUUCAAUGAAGUAAUUGAAAACGAAAGUCUUCAAAAUUUCGAAAAUUUAAGUGAUAUUGAAGAAAAUAACGAAGAAAUUAAAGAUGAGAAUCAAAAAGUUGAGGAAAAUACAAAUUUAAAAAAUCGAAAACAGACAGCAAAAGCUAAACGCAACCUCAACCCACAUCCAACAGAAUGUAGUAUCUGUGAACGUAUAGCUAGUGGAUAUUACUUUUAUGGAGUGGUUUGUUGUUAUGGUUGUAAACACUUUUUCAAUCGUUGUAUUACUUCAAAAAACAAAUAUAAAUGUGAAAAAGAUGGGAACUGUUAUGUGUCGAAUAGUAAUUAUUUGCAAAUAAAUAACCCACAAAUUUACUAUUGA